AUGCAACAAAAGAUGCAGCAGCCACAACAGAUGAUGCCCAUGAUGCCCUCUUUCCCGCCUUCCAACAUCACUACUGAGCAGAUCCAGAAGUUUCUUGAUGAGAACAAAAAGUUGAUCUUAGCCAUAUUGGACAAUCAAAACCUCGGCAAGCUGACUGAAUGUGCCCAAUACCAAGCACAACUGCAGAAGAAUCUAAUGUAUCUAGCGGCUAUUGCUGAUGCCCAGCCACAGGGACCUGCUAUGCCGCCUCAGAUGUCUCCACAUCCAGCAAUGCAACAAGGAGGAUUUUACAUGCAGCAGCAUCCUCAAGCUCAAGCUCAAGCUCAAGCUCAGGCCCAAGCUCAAGCUCAGGCACAAGCACAAGCUCAAGCUCAAGCUCAAGCUCAAGCUCAAGCAGCAGCGGCAAUGGCUCAGCAGUCGCCAGGGGGUUUCCCCCCAAGGAAUAUGCCAUUACAAUAUAACAACCCCCCACAUCAAAUGCAGGAUCAUCCACAACAAUUACACCACCAACAAGCGAUUCAUGCACAACAGAUGGGAAUAAGGCCACCCUUGGGAAACAAUAAUAGCAUGCAUCAUACCAUGCAAGCUGCCGAUCCAAAUCUAGGAAGCAGUGGGCCCUCCCCAGCAGCAGCAGCAGCAGGAUCGAAUAAACAAGAUGCACCACCUGAAGCUGGAUCAACCGGUGGUGAUCGCCAGGGUAGCCCGGCUGCUGGUGAAGGUGGUGAGCAGGCGAAAUGA